AGAAGCACGGGCGGAUGUGGAUUGCCAACAGCGUCAUCGACAGUUCCGAGCUCUCCCUCACGCGGAUCCGAGCAGGUAGCGCCGCCACUGACCCACCCAUACGUCCACGGGUGAGCUCUUCACAGCACCAGGUCGAUGCACUCCAGGCCGAGCUACAAAAUGAGAAGAAGCAGCGUGAGGAGACAGACGCGAAGCUUGUGGCCACAAGUGCGACGGUGGAGGCCCAGAAUGCGGCGCUGGCAAUGCAGCAAACAAGGCUAGAGGAACUAACGAAGUUCCUAGCAGCUGUUGGCGAGAAGUCCGGUUUGUCCUUGCCACCAGAGCUCCUCCAUCCCCUCCCUUUGCCGGUGCCUGUUCUACCUACUCCUCAACAGUCGGCGGGUUCGAAUCCUACUCCUGCAGCAAUUGCAGAAGGCAUACCCUCACCAGGCGUUCAGUACCCACCAGGCGGAGCCCCAACGUCUUGAGAUGCAGUGGUAGUGCUUGUUGUGAACUUGUGUUGUGAACUUGUGGAGACAACUAUGCACUUUGUGAACUUGAGCCGCACUUUGUGAACUUGUGGAUGUGAACUUGUGACAUUUGUGCUAUAUAUGUUGUGCUUGUUGUGGUGAAUGUGCCAGUGGUUGUAUCUAUGGUCUGGAUAACAUAUAUAUAUGUGUGUGAUUUUUAUUGUUUGAUCAGGUGGAUUGGAAAAUAAAAAUAAAAAAAACUGUUUUCUGUAGGUUUGCCGAGCG